AUGUUCUACUCUGAGACACUUCUCAGCAAGACCGGGCCUUUGGCUCGAGUCUGGCUAUCCGCCAAUCUCGAAAGAAAGCUCACAAAGUCCAACAUUUUGACUUCAAACAUUCAGACCUCUGUCGAUGCGAUCGUUGGAGAAGACCAAGCUCCCAUGGCGUUGAGGUUGAGUGGUCAGCUAUUGUUGGGCGUCGUUAGAAUUUAUAGUCGAAAGGCGAGGUAUCUGCUGGAUGAUUGUAGUGAGGCUCUGAUGAAAAUCAAAAUGGCUUUCAGACCUGGAAACGUCGAUCUGCCGGUAAAUGCUAUUAUUGCGAAGGAUUCCCUUAUCCUGAAGGACCAAGUCGUCUCUGCUCAGGAUCUAUUGCUGCCUGAGCCUCUUGAUUUCGAUCGUACCAUGACCGUGGGGACUCGUGCUGGUGUCUCUCGCCGUGAAGAUAUCACUCUAGGUGAUGCCGAUGAUUUCCUUGUUGGGGAUUCUCAAUUGGAGAUUGGACGUGGAGGCACUCAAGUCGCCAACCUUAAUAUCCUGAAUCUGGAAGACGAUCUGCAACUUGAAGAUGACUUGGGAUUGGACAUUGGUGACGACUUGGGAUUGGAUAUUACAGAUAACGACCCAUUUGCCGAUAAUUCACUCUCACUCGAAAUGGGACGAGACGCCCCCAUGUCCCGUGACCUUGCCGAUGAAUUCUCUCGCGAUGGAGACGGCGACUUCGCCAUGAAGGAACUUGAUUUUAAUGACACAGGAGACAUCUCUCGUGGUGAUCUGGGCCCGGGACUAGGAGGUGAUACCUUCGAUAUGGAAGACGACCUCCAACUCGACAUCAAUGAUGAUACCAUCCUCCCCCUUGCCCCAGAGGACGAAACUGCCGUCGACGGCGCCGCUACUCCCCGCGCAGAACGCGAAGAUUCCCCCCUUACUGAGGUGGGUUCUGAAGGUGAACGAGAGCUUGAACGUGUUGUUCGAAAUCUCGAUAUCAGCGAUUUCGACCCUCUCCGUCUCCCCUCAGAGAUGGAGGAGGAAGUUGUACCGCAACCUUCAAAGUCUCGCAGUGCUGCCAGGAAGAAGAAGGUGCCGUUCGAUGCCACCACUGAGAUGAAAACUAAGCAAAUCAAGGCUCAGCAGGAGGACAGAACUCGUAUCCUCAAGGACCCUCUUUUCCUUCAUCGUGAUCCUGCCAUGCUGGCUCUCAUGUCCCUUCAAGCGUCCAAUGGCUUUGCCAACAGCAUAUUCUACCCCAAGGGCGUCCACCCUGAUGUCGCCAAGCUCCUCUCCCCCGAAUUCGUCAAGGAGAUGACCGAUAGAAAGCGCAAGCGUGCUCUUGAAACUGAAGCUCCAGAUACCGAAACCGGCGGUUCUCCAUCCCACAAAUCUCCUCGUCUUGAUAUUGAUGAGGAAGAAGAAGCUGCUGCCAACGCCACUAUCGCCCGUGAUGUCACCGCUGAAGGCGAAGAAAUCCAAAUCCCUGGCGCCGACGAAUUCGAGUAUAACGCACCCGGUGGUAUCGACGACUCCUUCGACACUAGCGUCGGCGGCAUAGGCUUCCAACCUCACCACGAACAAACCCUCGAUGAUCUUCCCGAAGAAGAAGUAGAACCACAACCUGAAAUCGUCAGCCAGGCUACCACCCACGCCGUCCACCUUCUCCGUGAGAAAUUCACAGAGCCAGUCGGUAGAACCGGCAGGUCGAACCAGAGUCAGUCACAGACGAAGGAGGAGGUCGUGUUCAGCAAUAUAUUCCCAAAGAGCCAGACAACCAGAGUUGAUGCAACCAAGAUGUUCUUUGAGAUUUUGGUUUUGGCUACGAAGGACGCUAUCGCUGUUAAGCAAGGCGAAGAUUCUGAGAUUAGAGUAAGAGGAAAGAAGGCUCUUUGGGGAGAUUGGGCCGAACAUGGAGCUGAUGAGAAGGAAGGAGAGAUGGGAGGUGUCGCGGUUGGACCUGCACCCCCUACGCAGGUUGCUGCUGCUUAA